GCUGUUGCCAAACAGUCUCUCUCCCUUCCCAGACUCCAGACGGAAAACUCUCUCCAACAACGAACAGGAUUGAAUAAAGAGGGAAUAAAAUGCCACUGGGACUGCUCUUAGGGUUGGGAAGGGCAAUGCGAAGAAAGCGAACUUCAUCCCUUGACAUUCUAUCUUCGAAACGAGCCCCUCGAGAUUACUACAAGGGAAAGAACUGCAAAUCUACUGGUUUCCAUACCCGCAAAGGUGGCUAUGUUGUGGUGAGUGAGAAAUUGCCGAACUAUGUGGUCCCUGAUUUGACUGACUUCAAGCUCAAGCCAUAUGUAUCUCAGUGCCCCAGAGAAGUAAAUAUUGCAGAUAACACUGACACAUCAGCUAAAUAAGCAAAAGAAGCAAAUGGGAAUUCAAUCCCUUCUAUAGAUGUUUUAGCUGCUGGUGCUCAUCCCAAAACUUGCUAUGUGGAUGGAAUUUUGAAGAGUCAUGUGAAAUUUUUAGUUUUGAAACAUUUCCCCCCUUUUUAAACCUUGAACAAUUAAUUAUGUUUUCUUUUUCUUGAUUCUAUAAACCUUAGUCAUGCCACCAGUGGUAAGAGAGCCAAGAAUCAAAACAUCAGAUUGCAGCCUCAAAUUCAAGGUGAUUUCCAUUAGUUUGAGAUGGCAAUCUCCACUACUAUGUCCUGGGUGUAGGACUUGGGGUCCUUGUUUCUGGAUGGUCCAAAAGCCAUAGCUGCAACUAGCUAUGAAUCUGCCCAACAGAAUUGAUUACUGAUUCAAAGCAGAUUACUUCAAACAGGGAGAAUCAAGUACUAAACUUGCUUGUUAUACAGUUAUUAAUUUUUUGAGUCUGACAUUAACGUCUCCAGUAAAAGGAUAAUGGUUAUCUGUA